AGUUGACUCAUAGCUCCGCCUUUCCAAAGAUAGAUACGCCUUUUUGCCCUUAUAUGGUAAGUGACGAUAAAAGCAUAUAAGGCAGAGAAACACAUGAUUCUUCACAUUCAGAACUCUGAAGCCAUUCGAUUAAAACAUAAACUUAACAAGAGUCAAGACACUUCAGUUCUGCUUAGAAAACAACUGGGAAAUAAGUUAAACAUUAACUGAGAUCGAAAAAAGAACCGCAACAACACUUCAGCAUUUCAGCUUUUGCGCUCAUCAAACUACCUGCCAGUCUCUCCGAACUUCUCAACUAGGAUGGCCGUAUUUAUGUGGCUUGCAGCUCUACUGUCCGUAACACUUAUAGGGGCUUACUUCAAAAUAUUCUACAGAAAGAGACGGCCGGGAGAGCCUACCAUCGCCGAUGGACACUUUUUGUGGGGAAACGGGGAGGAGUUUAACACACACGCCGUAGAAUUCUUGCACAAGUGCAAGAAGACCCUUGGCAACAUCUUUACUAUCCGUCUCCUGAAUCAACAUCUUACGAUUGUUAUGGACCCUCAUGCGUACGAAUCAUUCCAUAAGCAGAAAGAGUUCGAUUUUGAUCCCAUACAAAAACAGGUGAACAUGAAUGUGUUUUCCUUCGAAUUGAAAGACUCUCAAAAGCUCAUCAAAGGAGCCUCAAAAAUGGUGCGCGGUAACUACAUGGCAAACAGUGUCCAAAACUUUGUCAACAAUGUACAUUUAGCAACAGAGGAAAACUUAAUAUGUAACAAAGAUGAAUGGAGUCAGGAUGGACUGCGUCUCUUUUGUGCUAAAACAAUGUUCGACUCUCUUUAUCAAACUCUCUUCGGUAGAGCCGAAGUGAACACUCUAAAAAUGUAUCAUGACUUUGAAGUCUAUCAUAAAUACUUCAACUUUCUUUGGCUGGGUCUACCAAGAAAGAUGUUCCCACAAGCAUGUAAAGCACUAGAGGGGUUGGUGCAACAGCCGACACCAGAUGAGCUGAUAAAGCGCGACGACAUUUCUGAGUACAUGCGAACGGCCAUCAAGAUGCUCCAAGAUCUUGACCAGACAGAUUCCGAAAUUAUCGGGCACAAUCUUGUGUAUCUUCAUGUUAACUACAACACCUUCCGCGUGGGUUUCUGGGUACUCGAAUACAUCCUUCAGCAUCCCGAAGCCUACGGCGCUAUAAUGGAGGAGAUCGACGAUAUGGUUUAUGCUAAAUCAAGUAACAAUAACUCCACAGAAGAGGAUGUGUCCAUUACUACACAUGAGCUUGAACGACUUCCGGUAUUAGAGAGCAUUGUUCAGGAGACUUUCCGCUUGUCCAGUGGUGUGUUUAUGGUGCGAUACGUUAAUGGUGAUACAUGGUAUACUUUGAGUGAUGGCAGUAAGCAUUUAAUCAGAGACGGUGAUAGGGUUGCCAUCUAUCCCCCAGCUUUACACAAAGAUCCAGAAGUCUUCGAAAAUCCCAACGAAUUCAAGUACGAUCGAUUCAUUGACGCUAAAUUUCACGACAAAAAUGGAGCCGAGAUCAAACAUCCAAUCAUAGGAUUCGGCUCACUUUGUCCAGGCAAGAGAUACGCUUUGAUACAGUUAAAAUGGUUCGUGCUGUACAUGCUAAAUCGAUUUGAGUUUGAACAUUUGGAAGGAGAGAAGGCAGAAUUAGACUUCCAGUAUCAUGGACAUGAAAUCAUCCCACCAAAGAAAGAUGUUCAAAUUAGGUACAGAGAAUUGUCAAACAGAAGGACUUUGUGCUUAGAAUGAAGCUAGCCACUAAAAUCCACCAUACAGUAAUCUCGUUCAUAUUUAUUAUUGUUUACAUUUUGAAGAUGCUCCAUUUACUGAGUGAACUCCUCGUGCGUCUGAAACUUGAAGAAGCUCAGAAUGCGAACAGUUAGUUAGUAGUUAGUUAGGAAGUAAGUUAUUUAGUUAGUAAUUUAUUUAUUAUAGUCUCACAUGUAAAAUAUAUCAUAUCAGUUAAAGUAGAUCAUAUAUACGGUAAAAGUACAUAAUAGAAGUCCAGCCAAUACCGGUUUCACAAACACAUUUAUACCAGCAGUCUACUACAGACUAUCCUGCGUAUAAGUUAUGUAAGUAAAUAAAAUUGAUCAUGCCAAAAAUAAGUUAAUAAUGACUUAAUUCGAAAAUGCCCACCGACAACUCUGAAAUAAUGAUGCCUUUUUAGUUUUGUAAGCUUGACGGAAAUGCCCGAAGAGAUUCAAUGAAUUUAUAUAUGUAGAAACAAUGUAACAAUUACACUGCCCCCACGCAGCAAUGAUUCCCUGCAAUUGUGUAGUGAAGUGACACUUCGUGAAUUGUUAUUGGCCCCGAUCCCGGGGCUCCAACGCACAAUGUUAAGGUUCAUUUCAACAUUGGUAAUGAAUAGCAUUGUGAAAAAUAACCAAAGGGAAUUGUUAACAACAACGCUCAGUCAUAGCACUAAGGGCAUCUUGACAAAUAACUUGUGAUGCAAUGAUGAUGCAAUAAUGACUGUAUUUUGCAAAUUAACUGAAUAGAUGAAACUGAAUCAUAAGGUGGGUUGCUUUGACAUCAUGGCGCUUGGAGAAAUCCAGCUGUACGAUUUAGGAAAAUAGAAAAUAUGACUAACGUUAUAUUUUAAUUAACAUGUAGAUGCAACUCCAAUUAGUAGCUGAAUCAUAGACUAAGCCAAUUUAGGUUGUAGCCGCAACACGUGUAAAUUCACUAGGCGCAAGUUAGAUAGAAUUCUAAU